GCAGAAAGCCCACUCAAUUAGUUGUGGGUGACAACUUCACUUAUUCACUUCCUUGUUUUAGUGCUUUCCCUUCCUGUAAGUUAAGUGUAUUCCAUUAACAGGGAUGUACAUGUGUUCACAUCUGCAGGCUCGGCCUCGGAUUCAAGUAUGGGUUUAUUAGCGGCUCUUCGCCUCAUCGCUGUCUGGGUGUCUAUUGCUGCUGUGUGGCUCAUCGUGGGGAAUUAAUGCCUCAGUCCCUCUGGUGAUAUGGCACGGCAUGGGAGACAGUUGUUGCAAUCCCCUGAGCAUGGGUGCAAUGAAGAAGAUGGUAGAAGAGGAAGUCCUAGGAAUAUAUGUGCUUUCCCUGAUGAUCGGCAAGUCUGUUGUACAGGACACUGAAAAUAGCUUCUUCAUGGAUGUUAAUGAGCAGGUGUCUUUUGUAUGUGAUCAGCUGGCUCAGGACCCUAAACUGAAGGGAGGCUACAAUGCAAUGGGCUUCUCCCAAGGGUCACAGUUUCUGCGAGCGGUUGUACAGCGUUGUCCAGAUCCCCCAAUGAAGAACCUCAUCUCAGUUGGUGGACAGCAUCAGGGAGUAUUUGGUCUUCCACAUUGCCCUGGUGAGAGCUCUCAUAUCUGUGACUGGAUUCGCAAGAUGCUAAACUCAGGAGCCUACACCGAUGCAAUUCAAAAACACUUGGUGCAGGCACAAUACUGGCACGAUCCCCUCGAUGAUUUGUAUAAAAAGCACAGCCUCUUCCUUGCUGACAUCAAUCAGGAGUGGGUGGUGAAUGAGACCUACAAGAAGAAUCUCAUGUCUCUGAAUAAGUUUGUCAUGGUUAAGUUCCUGCAGGACACUAUGGUAGAUCCUGUGGAUUCUGAGUGGUUUGGCUUCUAUAAACCUGGUCAAGCUAAAGAGCUGGAAACACUGCAGGAAAGUGCUAUAUAUACAGAGGAUCGCCUGGGUUUGGCAGAGAUGGAUUCGGCAGAGAUGGAUUCGGCAGGGAAGCUUGUAUUCCUCGCCACUGAUGGAGAUCAUCUGCAGUUCACCCGAGAGUGGUUUAAUGACAAUUUACUUCCCUACCUACGCUAAAUACAGUAACAGGCUUAUUCCUAAUGAGGGAGUUUACACACACACACACACACACACACACACACACACACACAGUCCAGUGUCAGCUGACUUUA